UGUUUUCAACAUGGCGUCCCUGUGCAGCCUCUCCACCUUAUUUCCUAUCCAGAGUCAGCUGGACUUGGCUUUAGAUGAGGCUACGACGAAGCAGGAGGAAGAAACUCUUGUGCUGCAGUACUUAAAAGACUUAGACGAGAGAGGAGACCUGAAGAUACCAGAUUUCCCCACAGGCUUGGAAUGGCUGAACACAAACGGGCCUCUGUCUUUGAUCAACGAGCUGGCUGGCAAAGUUGUGCUGCUGGACUUCUUCACCUACUGCUGCAUCAACUGCAUGCACAUCCUGCCUGAUCUGCACCAGCUCGAGAAGAAACACUCUGUGGAAGAUGGAUUGGUUAUUGUUGGGGUACACUCUGCCAAAUUCCCCAAUGAAAAGGUGCUGGACAACGUUCGCAGUGCCGUUCUCCGCUAUGACAUCUGCCAUCCAGUGGUGAAUGACAGCGAGGCCCGGCUCUGGAAUGAACUGGAGGUGUCCUGCUGGCCCACGCUGGUCCUGGUUGGACCACGUGGCAACCUGCUCUUCUCCCUGGUGGGUGAAGGCCACCGCGAAAGGCUGACACUUUUCACUGACAGUGCCCUCCGUUACUACAGGGAGCAGGGUCUGUUAAAGACUCACACAUUGGGGAUCAAGCUUUACAGAGACUCCCUGCCUCGAAGCAUCCUGUCUUUUCCUGGGAAGGUGGCUAUAGACAUCAGCAAGAAAAGACUGGCCAUAGCAGACACUGGACAUCACCGGAUUUUAGUGGUGGAUUCUGCUGGGAAUCUCUUACAUGUUAUAGGAGGGCCUGAAAGUGGGAGACAAGAUGGAGACCUGUCUGAAGCCUCCUUUAAUUCCCCUCAGGGCGUGGCCAUUAAAGGAGAUGCAGUUUAUGUCGCUGACACAGAAAACCACCUGAUCCGAAAGAUUGACCUUUUAGAGGGAAGAGUCAGCACCUUAGCUGGCGUGGGAGCCCAAGGCAUGGACAAAGAGGGUGGGGCCAUGGGACCUCAGCAGCCAAUCAGCUCUCCUUGGGAUGUGACUCUGGGCACUGCUGGUGGUGGUGAAGACAAUGUGCUGUGGAUAGCCAUGGCAGGGACCCACCAGAUCUGGGCUUUGUUUCUAACAGAUGGAAAACUGCCCAAGGGAAGUGAAUCCAAGGCAGGGACGUGCCUGCGAUGGGCAGGUAGUGGCAACGAGGAGAACCGAAACAACUCCUAUCCUCACAAGGCUGGCUUUGCUCAGCCGUCAGGCCUGGCUUUAGCCCCCGAGGAGCCGUGGAGCUGCCUGUACGUGGCUGAUAGUGAGAGCAGCACCAUCCGCACCAUCGCACUGAAGGAUGGAGGAGUCAAGGUGCUGGUCGGGGGAGAGAGAGACCCUCUGAACCUCUUUGCUUUCGGGGAUGUAGAUGGGAAAGGAGUGGACGCGAAGCUGCAGCAUCCCCUCGGCGUUGCCUGGGCUCCUGAACAAAGCCUGCUCUAUGUGGCCGACUCCUACAAUCACAAGAUCAAGGUGGUGAAUCCAAAGACGAAGCGGUGUUGCACAUUGGCAGGGAAGGGAGAGGCUGGAGAUAGUCUGGGACCUGAAUUUGACAAAACCUGCUUUAAUGAACCUGGAGGAAUCUGUGUCAGCGGUGACGGGACGCUGCUUUACGUGGCAGAUACCAACAACCACCAAGUCAAGAUGCUGGACCUGGUGUCCAAGACUGUCUCACUGUUUCCUAUAUCCGUAGACUGCACAGACACUGCACCAGCAAAACCUCCAGCUCGUGCCAAAGCCCCCAUACUGCCCAAAUCAGCUGCCAGGAAAGCCAUGCCACCAGUGGCAGUGUGUGUGGGCCAGACUCUCAACCUGUUCCUCACCUUGUCCCUUCCAAAAGGAAGCAAACUCACUGACGAGGCCCCCAGCUGCUGGGCUCUCUCUGCAGAGGGUAAUGAGUGGCUGCUGGACAGUGAGGUGGUCACAGGUGAGGUCCUGGAUCUGUCGAAGCCCGUCCGCAUCUCGACCAAACUUCCAUCAGUUUGGAACGACUCCAACGGCAAUCCGAGUCUCACUCUGAGUGUCUGGGUCUAUUACUGUAAGGAAGCAGGAAAAGCCUGUAUGAUGAAAGCGGCCUCCUUCACGCAGCCUCUUCAAAUGAGUGGCAGUCCUGCAGGGGAAGAGGUCACCGUGACAUUGGCUCAUACCUUCUAAAGCCACUCACUUGUUUUGAUUAAAGCAGCCACAAAGGAGCCGCUCUGUGAGAUAAUACCACGUCAUUGUCACCUCGGAUCUCGACUUACUCCGUCCCCUGUUUUCUUCAUAGUCCUGGAGAAAAGACCCAUUUGAACAAAAAUACACCAUACCAAGCUGACUUCUUCAUUUUCUUCUAAUUGAAUUUCAUCUCAAACAGAUUCAGAAGUCCUUUCUAUGAAACUCUCCAGGCAUUUUGCAGCAGCACGAGUGUACUGCAAACUCAAAACACAGCCUAAACGUCUACAGAAUAGUAUUUAUGCAACAAACUUUCCAGAAUAGAUCGUAUUGGUUAUGUGCUGAUGAAAAAUCCUCCUUAUAUAUCACUUAAUGUACUUCAAAAAUCAAAUCAUCUCUGUAGAUUUAAUGAGUAUGGUUGGAAGCGAUGAUUGUCUAAUUUGGCGAUGAUGACGCUGGUGAUGGAUGAACACGCAAAAAUAUCAGAGACGAGACACAGAAUUAGCAGAAGCCUCCUGUUUAGUGCCAGAAACAAGUUUCCCAUGAAAAUGAAGAUAUUUAACUUGGUAAUUCGAAAAAAAGAGGCUUUUGAAUUCUAAUAUUAUCGAGUUGUGUCCAGUUUCUCAUAAAUGCACCGUCUCGUCUUUGAUCUCAGACGAGGCGGAGAUGUAAUAAGUGGAAAAGGAAGGGAAAUGAAACCUUUAUAAAAAAAAGUUAUCUAUGCAGAGACUCACUUUUUAUAUUAUCAUUAAAAUAUUAAAGAUGUCUAACACUAGAGUAUUAAUACACAUCACCAUCUCUUAAUGCAGUGUUUCUCCAUCAGCCCCGCUCCAGCACACCUGAUACAGAUGAAUGACUCUUUAUCAGGCUUCUGCAGAGCUUGAUGACGAGCUGUUCAUAGGAAUCAGGUGUGUUGGAGCAGGGAAAACAUCAAAAACACGCAGGGCACUGGGUCCCCGAGGACCAGGAUGGAGAAACACUGCUUGAAUGGUGAAGAAGCUGCAUCAGGCAUCACGUGAUUAUGUUUGACAUUGUGCUGAAUUUAAUCAUGAACUAAUCAUGAUGGUGGAAAAGAAUGGAAAGUGUUGGCUUAAUUUUGGUAAAUUUAGCCAGAUCAUGGCAAAUUAUAUCAUAUUUAAGAAACAUACUCUGCUAACAGAAACUCCUGGUACUCCAUUCCAAACAAACAGUUUAAGUUUCAAUGUGUUUAAUCAGCAGUGGUGAUUUUGACUUUGCUCAACAUUUAUAUUUAUUACUUUUUAAUAGCGACUUCAAAUCACUCACUCACCGUUAAAUUGUGGUUCAAUAUGUAGCUACUAACUUGACACGGUGUUAGCAUUACCUUUUAGAAUGUCUAAUUUAUGUUCUUCAGAAAAACGGUAACUAAGUAACUGAACAGCACAUGACCAAAAGGGAAGGGAACUUGUAAGUGACGGGUUGCUGGUUCAAGUUCAUGCCGGGUCAAGCGCUGGAGUACCCAAUUCCCAUUGCUCAAUGUUAAUUGGACACUCCAUUGUACUCCUAAAUGGGAGGGUUACGUCUAAAACUCUGGUAAAGACGGAGAAGCCAAAAGAAAGACAAAGUAACUGAAUCUUUUCAUAUCAUGUCUUUAAUUUUGAACACCAUAGUGCUAUGAAUAAGUCUGGUUAUCAGUGAGCAGCAUUGGUGUCGUAUGUUUGCAGUGGUUCAGCCUGGACUGUGCCUUCUCAUGCAUUUGUCUCCAUACAAACACGUUCAUCGUCUCUCAUGUUUACACUCUCAGCUUUGUUCUGUGUGACCGAUCCACUCUUUUAAUCACAAUUAUUUCAGACACGUGGAACCCGGUUUUUUUUUGAUAUGCACUGUAAAAAUAUUGCUGUUACGCAAGUGCUGAAUGAAGUGCCUGUUUGCAAUAAAAGAGGGAAGCGACCUCCGGCGAACCGCUGACACUGGCCGACUGCUGCUUCAGCAAUGAGAACACUGUGGGAUAUUGUAUUAAGAAAACAAAGUCUUAUUAAAAUCUCUCCAUCUCGCUCCAUGCGUUUAUACACUUAAUCUCUUCUCCACAAAGGGAACAUAAUAGGGAAGAAGAUGCUCUAAUGAUGAGACCGUGCCAUGCCUCGUGUAUUCUGUUGUAAUGUAAUACGAUGAUGAUGAUGUGGAAGUCGUUAUUGUCAUUUUCCCUUAUUGGUUUUCAGAGUUAUGAGCUGUUGUCAGGAACGGGGCCGCAGAGUGUUUUGAUUGUCAUCGCCGUGUCAUGUCUCAUAACGUAAUUGAGCUUGUCGGAUUGUUUUUAUUUGGUUUGGAUCACUCGGCCCAAGUGCCUCGGAGACGGCGUGUUACUGUAGAGAUGCUAUAUGAAUAGACUGUAUCAGAAGCAAUAAUAUAUCUCUGUUAAAGGGAAACGUCUUUUUUUAAUUCCCUACUUUCUUUUUAAAUAAAUGACUCGUGUUUUGCCA